AAGACGACGGCGGGUCGUCGGUUCGCGUCCGCGGUGACGGUUGUGGGUGGGAAACGGUCGCUUUGACUGGAAGUCGAUCGGCUGCAGACGUUUGCGGUGGGAAACGCGUCACGCGUGUCAGGUAGACGUGGGCAUUUGGCGUUUUCCGGAGCUCGUGGACGUGUUUUUUUAUGUGCUCGGCGACUUAUUGGAGCUUCGCGUAAAGCACCGCGGCUGCUCUUCCUGUUGCGAAAAGUCACCGUGGCUGAGAUACUGUUGGUCAGUGACACAGAUGAGGUGGAUUUAAUUUGAUCUAUGCUGCUAAAGACGUGCUCCAGGAUGGACCAGGCACUGAGUUCAGCUUCAGACCCGCUGGAACCAGACAGCGAGGAGCUCAGAGCCGACUUCUUCAGAAAGCUGGGCUACUCCCCCUCAGAAGUGAGCGCGGCGCUGAGGAAGCUGGGCCUCAGCACCGACACCAACUCGGUGCUGGGAGAGCUGGUGAGGAACCGGACCGGCUCGGCGCCGUGCGGGUCCGGUUCCGACAGCGACGAGAGGAGCACAGGCCAGAAGGAGUCCGUGCUGCCUCUCACCUGGGGCCUCGGACCGCGGGCGGCGCCGCAAGCGGCGGAGAGGACGGGCGCCGAAGCAGAACUCAGGCCCAUUGUCAUCGACGGCAGCAACGUUGCCAUGAGUCAUGGCAACAAGGAAGUGUUCUCCUGCAGAGGGAUCCAGCUCGCAGUCAAUUAUUUCCUGGACAGAGGUCAUGAAUCCAUUACUGUGUUUGUUCCCAACUGGCGCAAAGAGCAGCCCAGAGCUGACGCCCCCAUAACAGACCAGCACACGCUGAUGGAGCUGGAGAAGCGCAACAUCGUGGUCUUCACGCCGUCGCGCCGAGUCGGCGGCAAGCGGGUGGUCUGCUACGACGACCGCUUCAUCGUGAAGCUGGCGCACGAGUCGGACGGCGUGAUCGUGUCCAACGACACCUACAGGGACCUGCAGGGGGAGCGACCCGAGUGGAAGCGCUGCAUCGAGGAGCGGCUGCUCAUGUUCUCCUUCGUCAACGACAAGUUCAUGCCCCCCGAUGACCCCCUGGGGCGCCAUGGGCCCAGUCUUGACAACUUCCUCCGGAAAAAGCCGUUGCCUUCGGACCAGAAGAAGCCGCUCUGUCCGUACGACAAAAAGUGCACGUACGGCAUCAAGUGUAAGUUCUACCACCCCGAGCGGACCAACCAAUCCUACCAGUCCCUGGCUGAUGAGCUGAGGCAGAAAGCUCAGAUCUCCACAGUAAGAGACAACAGACGAUCGUCACCCAGACAGGUCCAAACUGACCCGGGGUCAGCUCAUGGCGGCUGCUCGCAUCCUCCGGACUCCAACGCGGAGCUCGGUAGGAACCAGCACGGCGCUGGGCAGGUGUAUGAAAACGGCCUGCUGUGCUGGGACGCCCCCAGGACCGCUCAGACUCACGCGGCGUGCCCGCCUGCAGACAGCCAGCGCCACCCCCCCAGGUCCGGUCUCCACCACGACCGCCUGGAUUCCGGCCUCGGCUCCUUCGAGAGCCUCUACUCCGACGGCUCCCACUGCCCCAGCGGCUCCCAGCGGCCGCGGUCCCAGCGGCAGAGCGCUGGAGCUGGGCCCCGACACGUCCCGGCGCACCCGUGUGCGUGCUGCUCCCACGGAGCCCCCUCCGCCGCCCACCAGGCGCCGCAGAGACCCCCCGACUGCGGCGGUGGGCCCGGCUUCCGCCCCCCGCCCCCCCUCUGCGUCCCCAGCCACCUUCACUACAGCGGAGCUCCGCACCUGCAGCAGGGCUACUGGUCGGACCCCUUCCAGGCGCUGCCCCAGGCCAGGGCGCCCUACAGCCUGCCCUGCUCUGGCCACUCCUCACAGCCCCACUGCACCAGUAACAGCCACCAGUACCAUUCCUGGGGCCACCAGCCGGCGCCCUCCGCCCUCUUUGACCCCCAGAGGCUGGAGCUGCGCAAGAAACUGCAAGCCAUCUUCAACCCGCGCCAGGUGGACGCUGCUAUGGAAAUGUUCCCACAUCUGAUAGAUGCGGAGAAACUGGCCGCAGAGAUCAUCAACAUGAAAGCUCAGGGAGUGAUAUUUUAAUAAGUUCUCCAAUGAUUUUAUUAUCUUCUCGUGUUGAAAUCAUUUACGUAACCGACACACAGGCUGUUUUCAUGUGCUUCUGUGUCUAGAAUUAUAAUAAUAUUGAUUUGCAAAUGUGCCAUUACGUAAACUAGAACUUCCUAUUUAUGAACGGUUGAAUUGUUCUGUUCGGAGCUGUUAGAAUUUGUAUGACACUGAAGUCAAAUGUGACCGAGUCGUCCAUGUUUAGGAUGAAACCUGCCUCUAGAGCAGAAGUCUCUUCUAGAGUUUUGACCGUUGAUGCAUAUUGCGUCAAAUGUGGAACACUUUAUGUUCUCAUGCAAUAUGAAAUUGCUGUAUUACUUUUUACCUGUUAUUGUUUUUGGUGGAGCUGUGGUUUGUUGCUCUUUACUGUAUGUCAGACUUUUGCCAGGAAACAAGAUCCACAUUACGAUCCAACGCAACCAGGAAACGCAGACAAAUAGCUUAACGCAAAGACAGAUAUCUGCCGGUGUCGUUUCCUUGUUAAUCGGCUUCGGUUGCAGUGAAUGUCUUCAGAAAAGGUGUUGCUGUAACAGUAUACAUGGUUUAUGCUGCUUUUAAUGUACUGCUUUGAGUAUGGAAUUGUGUUCUCACGGAUAUGUAAUAUCAUUAAUGUAGAUAAAUGAUGAAAACAAAGAAAAUAAAACACUUGUCAGAUA